AUGGCAAUCACAAGCUUUCAGGGCACUCAGCACAUAAACGACACGGAUUCUAGCGUUCAAUAUACUGGCCAAUGGGUCUUGAACCAGUUUACGGAUCAAAAUGGCCACCAACAGACAUAUCAUUCAACUGCACAGAAUGGUUCGACAAUAUUUGCUCCCUUCUACGGCAAUCAGAUUAAAGUCAUGGGCAUCACUCCUACGGGUCAGGGAUCAUUAACUGCAAAUUAUUCCAUUGACGGUGGCCAACCAUCCAUGGCUUCCAUGCCCAUUAUCACACAGAGCAGCCCGUUAUUCUUCCAACAAGUCUUUCUUUCUCCAAAUACGACACUGGGCAAUCACAAUAUCACUAUCACUGUCCUAGAGACUGGCACCGACCGAAACUUCUCCUUCCAAUCGCUCACCGUCUCGCAAGGCGAUGUUUCAAGUAUCACUCAUCACCAUAGCGAAGAUAGGAACGAACAUGGCACAAAUGUUACGGCAAUCGUUGUUGGAGUGUUAGGAACUGUUAUAUUCCUUCUUUUUAUUGCUCUCGUCCUAUUUUACUUAUCCCGGAGAAGGCUUCUUGCACAAGUAUCGAUCUACAAAGAAGAAAAAAUCCGGAAAAAUACUCUUGAAUCGCAACGGAACACAUCAGGUACGCUUGAGUCAGCGCUUCCUCUCUCGGAAGCACAUAUCAAUCCCUUUAUUUUGCCACAGAGAGAUCCAGUAGAUACUAUAAUAGAACAAGGAGGAUCGCGACGGUCCGCCACUACAGUGGGUGGAACAUCACUGCCUCCUUACUCGAGUUUCCGAAUUCCGUCGGGGGACCUUUCGCAAGCGCAGAAUGCACAUUUGACGACAAGAGCCUCGUAUGCAAGCUCGGGGGAAGUUAUCAGUAACCGUUCAGUUAACGAAAACCCUUUUGAAACAGACCAGAAGCUGUAG